AUGGUCGCGAAGCCCAGGCGUCGUAAGUCUAGACGCUCGCGCGUCUAUGCUUCACCGGAACUGCGAUUCGCUGAUGGUGAACGCUUCAGCGAUGAGGCGGAUAAUGAGAAUUAUGCUGCCGGCGCCGGUGACUUGGAUGCCUCACCCACCCAUGAGGCUAACGGAAGUGGUGGUGGUGGUGGUGGUCGCGGGGCCUCCAAGUACUUUGACCCUGACGAAAUUGAUACUUCUGAAGGCAACAGCUCCGAAUCAAACGACUCGACAGAUUCGGAAGAUGAUGCGCUGCCACGCAUCAAACGCCGCAGAACUGUGAUGGCCCCCGGUCCAGUCCAGCCUUCGAAUGUUGAUGCGCCGAAGUCACCCCAGGAGGCUCCGUUGCGGUCACCAACAGCAAUGGAACAGGAGGAGCCGCCAUCGGAGACUGACAUGGUGCCCACUGAAAUGUCCGAAGAUGAAGACAUUUUGCAAAGAGAGAUUGACUUGGCACUUCAACAGUCAGCAGGACAAACAGACCAUCCGGAUUCUUCAGAGGACGAGGAGCCACCAUCCCGGUCCUCCGCUGUGUCUCGCGUCGGCAGGAAACGCGCCGUCUUGGAGUCGUCAGACGAGGAUUAG